AUGGCAAAGUUGCCAGCAUUCAAGCAUAUCUCGCCCGACUCGGGCUUCCCCAUCACCCUCCAUCCCGCCUUCAACCCCAAAAUAAACACUCAUAUACCCCCAGAGUCACCACAUCCCGCUAGCCAAGUAGACAAAGAUAGAGCGACCUUCGCGGACCCUUCCAAAGCGAGCCUGCUCUCCAUCGCUACCCGGACCAACCUAACAAAAUCCCUCAUCACUGUCCUCUCAAACAUCCAAUUAUCUCAACUAACUCCGCAACAACUCGAUAAACAAGCCCUCCUGGUGACUAAGCGCGGCGUAGUGUUUCUCAGAGACCAGGACCUUACAACUAACACGCAGGUACAGCUCUUCCAGCAUUCCAGCAUCCUAGACAAACAUCCCGCGCAGAAAAACAAACAACAUAUCACCAUCAACGGCAGCACAGAAGACCACCGCGACCUGCUUUCCUAUUCGCCCUGGCCAUCAGGCGAUUUCCACGCCGAUACCGAUGCGCUGAAGAAGCAUGUUGAUGGCUUGCACGCCGUACAUACCUCGAGGUUGCAGUACGACACAAUUCUCGACCUCUGGGGCACGGGUCCCAAUAGGCCACCUGCAUUGAACAUUAAUUCAGGCUUCGUUACGGGCUUUGCGGAGCUGAAGAAGAAAGAGUCUGAUCACCUCGUGCACUUCUUCGACUACCACAUCCACUCUGCAGACGAUCAUCAGGUGCGCUGGAAGUGGGCCGUAGGCAGCGUGGCGAUGUGGGACAACCGAUGUACAGUCCAUCGCGUCAUCCUGGGUACCUACCAACCUGGUUCGCGGAGGGGCGUGCGAACGACGGUCUUCGGUGAAAAGCCUAUGUUAUACCUUCUUUCCGACUCUAUGCGUUGGAAAAGAAAAUGCUAA